UACCUAAACAAAUUUACUUUAACUUUAAUAAUCUAUAUUCUCUGCAAAUCUGUUUCUUACGCAAAAUGUCCCUUUAGAAAAAUUGAUCUUCUUUAACUUUUUCAUAUCUUCUUUUAGUUUUGUCCUAAAAAUCUGUUUACUUUUUGUUUUUUUAAUACUACCCGAUAUUUCAUUCCAAAUUAGGACCCCCCUGUAGUUAAAAGUGCAUCUUUGUAAUUCAGAGUUCAAUCUUGUUACCUCUAAUUUCUCUUCUCUUCUCUUUGAUUUUAUGAAAACGUUUCCCAUUUUCUGUUCAUAUUUCUCUUCCACUAUUUUGUACAUUUCAAUUGCUACUUUUCUCUUGUAUAUGUGAUUUAUGUGGUCCCAUCCUGCUUUCUCUAGAACUUCAUUUCUCUCAACCGUUUAUUCUCAAGCUUUUUUUUGUUUAUUCGUUUGCACAUAUCUACCGUGCCAUUGCUGUUCCUUUGCUUCUAGUACAGUUUGUCCAAUGCAAAAUGAAAACUUUUCUCGAUCCUCUUCCGCUGAUCUUCAAUUAAAUGUUUACAUGUGACAAAUUUGUUCUCUGGCAUUCUAGACUAUUCUUUUAUUUCCGAUGGAAUAUUUCACAUAGGUUUAAAUUAAAAUAUCUUCGGUCCUACCUGCGCUAUGCACCAUGGCACUUGUAAAAGCCGAUUUUUUGCCUGUGAACAAAAUUAAUUUACACUUAGAUGACAAAAGUAUUAGUACGAUCGCCGCAAAGCAAAAUGUUGUUAACCCUUCGUUCAAAGAACAACAUAGAAAAUCAAUGGAGCGUAGCGAAAAUUGUUGGCUGAAAUUUUUGAUUGUAAUUUGAUCCAAUUGUGAAAAUAAAUGUAAAAUAAAUUUUGGUCUUAGAAGAUUGCAUUUCUUUGAAUUUUUUUUUAUGAAAACCAGUUGCUUUCAAUUAUAUCAAGGCUUUGACUUUGGCGGGGUAAUUGAAAGACCACGACGCCAUUGUUAAAAGACCUUGGUAGUUUUUGUCACAGUUGCAACACAACUAGCUUUAUUGUCUGGCUCAAAAGUGAAUUGUCUUUGCCUGGAGGCUCUCCACAAAUAUUUUGACAAUGUAUUUAGCAUUGAUUGACUUCACACAGAAUGCCAGCUUGCCGACGCCAAAGUAGAAGAACUUUGUUAUGAAAUGGAAAGAUACAGCUCGAGCGUAUUUGGAAUAGCAAAAACUAGGUGACUAAAUUCAGAAGAAGUCACAUCAGAAAAUGGUCAUAGAUUUUGGUACAGCGGAGAAGAAAGGCUUCAUUUUAAUGGCGUCGGUUUUCUAGUUAGCAAAAACAAUGUCAAAAAUGUGCUAGAAUUUGAACCAACAAACAGCAGAAUUAUGAGAAUCAGUACUUUUUCAGAGUUUGGCAAAACAGGUUCUUGUAUUAUGGGGUACUUGACAGUGGCGUAGCGUCCGGGUAUUCAAGGUAUUCAGUGAAUACCCUGAGAUUUCUCAGAAACAAUAUUAAUACGACGUAUAAUUGUAAUAAGUAAAAAAUGUUUUGCGGCUAUUGAUUCUGUUUGAAUUCGUUACCUCCGAUAUUCUACAUUUUGUACAAGUACAAAAUAUCAUCAAAUUCAUGGAAACAAUAACGCUGCGAAGCAUAGAGAAGCUGGGAGAUCUUUGAAGCUAAUUUUGAAGAUUGAGCUACUUCAUGUUGUAUGGAGAUCGGUCAUGAAUACGCAGUGAAUACCCUAGCCCGUACUUUAACCAAUCAAAAUGCUCCUUUCCAUGAAUAAUAUUUGCCGUUAAUCAGCUAAAACAAUGGUUCUGUACGCUGAGAAAUAUGCAGCGUACAGCCUCAAAGUUGGUUCAAAAUAGUCUCGUUAUGAGAUCGAUAUAAACAGUUAAUGAACGUCGGAGCGGUUGGAGUGAUGGAGCUGCAUCGAAAACAGUAAACAUGACUUAAUUGAAAAACUAUUGCAAUGUCCGUAUUACUGUUUCAUAAUCAUUCUCUCAUUUGACCACUAAACUUAAUCUACCAACAGUAAAGUGGAAAGGAAAGGUAGGCUGCUACAUAAUACUACACUGACUCAGAUCUGUUCCCUCUUGAAAUGCCAAUUUGUUAUUGCUUGCAAAUCAGGGAUGUUUCUGUUUGUAUUAUGUGAUAGAAUUAAAGUAAAUGCAGAUAGGCCUAGAUAAUAUCCUUAUAGUUGCCUGGUGUAUUCAGUUAUCUUGUUGGCCUAUUUUGUUUGCAUUAUUCGAGCGCAUUUAUUUGCAUUAUUGUGCAGUCUCAUCUCAUUACCUUCGAUUCUUUCAAAUAUUUACUUGUAUUGAAAAUAUCACGAUUAGGCCAUGAAGAAAAAGUCUGUACUGCAUACCACAAUAUCAUUUAUAACUUAUGUAAUGCCCUAUGUGAAUAAUUGUGAAACUUUCGAAAGCCCUUUUGUAUUAAGGUAUCAAGAGAAGGUGUUUACAGUUACUUCCUCUUUACAUCAGUGCAAAUGUUAAACGAUUCAACAACAACUAUUGGGACAUAUUUCGACCAGUAAAAUUUUACUGGCUUUCAAUGAUAUGUUUUGAUUUGAAUUACUUUUGAUGAAAUGGUUAGUGGUAAUUUGAUGCAACGAAUGAGUUUGAAGAGUAUAUUUGCGUUGGGUUCUUUAGCAAAGUAUCGUUUUCAUCAUAGUAAUGCCCUGACAAUGCAGUACUUGCCAACCGAACCAAAAAGAAAAUUAGAUAAAAUGUCAAUAGCUAGUCCUUUUAAUCUUCCUAUUAUCCCCCUAUUUUCAUCAAGCCCCAUCGAGCCACACCCUGCCCCACCCUUUUGUUUAAUAGAGAAUACCCAGUUGAAAAAGUCACGCUACGCCACUGGUACUUGAUGACAGUUCUGUUCUUCAUUCUAAAUAUUUAUUAGUGUACCAAUGUUGCCAAAGGUCCACCAACAAUGAUACAUGGUUUUUGGUAAAAAAGUAGAUACAUUAAAUGGUUAAACCCCAAAUUUAAGAACCUUUUGGAAAUUGUUUGGCUAAUCAGGUUCGUAUAUUUUAGAGUAUUUAAAAAGGAAAUUUCUGCCAGAAGUUUCUUAAAUCAAUAGGUUCUUACACGCGGGUUUUUACUGUAUCAUCCAAGUGUAUGCGCCAAUAUCAGCUUGCGAAAAAAACAAAAUAGAGAAAUUCUAUUGUGAACUUGCCUCCCCAAUAAAGAAAGUUAACGAAAAAGAUGUAGACAUUGUCCAAGGCGAUUGGAACGCAAAAGCGGGCAAAGACGCAAAGAUCACUGGCAGGGUACAACGGGCAAGUUUGCAGCAGCAGAUAAAACUAAUAAAAGAGGCGUCUGACUGCUGGAAUUUGCAAAACUCCACAACUUAGUGGUCACCAACGCACUCUUUAGGCACAAACACUCAAGAACGACAACGUAAAUUUCACACGGUGGAGUGCACAAAAGCCAAAUUGAAUAUUUACUUGUUUCGAAAAACUGCCAAUCUAGUGUCAACGGAAAAAAAACUAGAGCAUUCCCUGGAGCUGAUUUUGGAAGUAACCACACACUGCUAUUAAUAACGAUGAAACUGAAUCUGAAAAAGGACAAGUCGAAUAGAAACCAGCGAAUCAGGUUUGACCUAGAUAAGCUGAAGAACAGAAAAAAUAAGUUCAAGAUAAAAAAUGGUGGAAAAUUCGUUCCGUUGCUAGUAAUCAGCGACUUAUAAGAGCUCGACGACAAAUUCACAAAUGUAAUGAAAAAACGGUGGAGCAGGUGCUCGGAAAUCAGAAGAAAAAGAAACAACCAUGGAUAACUACAAGGCCCAUGGAUAUGUGUGACAAAAGAAGAACUCUAAAAGCUGAGCGCAACAUUAGUGACAGAGCGGCAAAAAAGUACAGAGAAAGUAACAUUCAAGUACGGAAAUCUAGCAAAGAAGCAAAAGAUAACUGGCUGAAUAAAGGAUGUACUGAAAUCAAACACGGCUUUGAACACAACAACACGAGAAUUGCUUUUGAAACUAUAAAGAAAAAAUUACGAAUGGAAAUGGCGCAAAAAUUAUGACAGCGAUUAAAGAGAGUGACGGGACGCUACUGACUGAAGGACCAGAAAUAAAAAAAGAUGGACAGAAUAUGUUGAACAAUUAUAUAACUAUCUGUUAAAAACGGACGUUGGUGUACUAGUCGAACUGCAGAGAGGAUGUCCAGGGGAGAACCUAGAAGAAGAACAGGAAGAGCUUUUCGUUAUAAGAGAAGAAGUAGAGAACGCAAUCAGAUCACUGAAGGUGGGGAAAGCAGCUGCUCAAAUGCGACGGCACGGUUGAGCCAUUACACAGAAUUUGCAACUUAGUUUGGAAAACUGGCAAAUGGCCUUCACAAUGGCUUGAAUCCUUAAUAGUAAUCCUUUCCAAGAAAGGUGAUUUAAAAAAAUGCAUUAAUUACAGAACAACAUGUCCAAUAAGCCACUGCAGAAAAGAAGCACUGAAAAUUAUCCUUAACAGAAUUAAUCCAAAAAUAGAAAAUUUCCUAGCUGAAGAGCAAGCUGGAUUUAGAAGUAACAGAAGCACAACGGAGCAAAUCUUUAACCAAAGAAUCCUCUCAGAGAAAUGUAGAGACCACAAUAAAGAACUAUUCCACAACUUUAUCGACUACAAAAAGGCUUUUGACAGAGUAUGGAGAGAGAGGCAUUGUGGGCCACACUGUGGAAACACGACGUUUGCCCUAAACUCAUCAGCCUGAUAAAAGAACUGUAUGACAAUAGCAAGAACGUAGUACUAGGUGAUACGGACCAAUUAUGGUUUAGUACUACUGUAGGUGUACGCCAAGGAUGCCUACUCUCGCCAACGUUAUUCAAUCGAUCAUAGACAACGCCUUGCAAGAUUUUGUAAGAUUAUUGAAAAUCGGAGGAAGAACUAUAAGAAACCUGCGUUUCGCUGAUGAUAUCGACCGAAUUGCCGGAUCACCUGAGGAACUAAAAGAACCAAAGGACCGUAGUAGUGAGAAAAUUAAAGUGAUGGUAACAACGCGAAACAAGAUGAGGACAAUGAAGUCGACAUCCAAAUUAACACGAGAAGCUUGGAAACGUUAAAAACUUUCUUAUCUCGGCUCAAUUAUAGACAACGAUUUAAGUUCGACGAGAGAAGUGUAAAUACGAAUUGCAAUCGCAACCAGUUUGCUAGCAAAACUGAAUAAAAUGUGGCAAAAUAACAAAAGCAGAUAAGAACCAAAACCAAUUUGAUAAAUUCACUCAUUAAGUCUACACUUUAUACACGCCAAAGUUGGAAAUUCAAACAAAACGAUUGAAAGUAGAUUAGAAGCGUUCGAGAUAAAGAGCCAAGAGCAGCUGGAAAGACCAAGUGACAAACCAAACCGUGAGAGAAAGAAUUAAGUCCGAGAUAGGAGACUAUGAGCCAUUGCUGGGAACAGCAAGAAGAAGAAAAAUGCAAUAUUAUGGGCACACUUCCCGUCAAGCAGGGACGUUGCCCACCAAGUGCUACAGGGCAUGGUCGAAGGCGUCAGGCCUAGAGGAAGGCCGCGGAACAACUGAUGUGCCGACAUCAGCUCGAGGACCGGAAAGUCAUUGGAGAAGUGUGGCAGAAUUGCUUUCAACCGAACCGCAUUUAGGGAACUUACUGUUGCGGCAAAGUCAAAGUGUCUCGUGUUAUAGACUUGCUGCAAGCAAACUUUCUUGCAAUUUCAGCAAACGCAUGACCUGCUAGACCCAAACUUUUAAUCACUUCUCAUUCGCCUUCUGGACGUUUUUGUGUUUUCGGCAAUAAAACAAAAACUUUGAGACUCCCCAUGAAACUAUGAUAUUCUCCGUGACUUUUGUUAUGCUUCUUUCACAGAGAGGUAGAAACUAAUAUUAAUUUGCUAGGAAUUGCCCUCUUUUGCUGACGCCACUCCUAGAAUCCCGCCACAAUAGCAAAAUUUUUCAAACAAUGUUAGAAUGCUCGUUUCAGGCCUGCCAUUUGUUAUUCAUUAUCGUCCUAAUACUUUUGUCUUUGUAGAUAUGUUGCGAGUUCAUAAACCAACCUGAGAUAAAACAGAAAAAGAACCUUUAAAAUCAUAUAAGAAUGAAGACGUGAAAGAUGCUCAAAACAUUUACAUCCUUUUAGCUUGAAAUUUUAGUAAACAUAUUUUCUAGCGACUAAAUUUUAGCAAGAAACUUGCCUUUCAUCAUUCUUUCACUCGCUUGUUUUUCACAACUUUUUAUGAAAGCAGGAGAGAUUACAGAAUUUAUCAGGAAACUUUGCAAUUCACAAUAUGAGUUAGGUUUUCGAUAUCAAAAGUUAGUUUUGGAAGUAAAUAAGAUAUUUUAAGAUAUUGCAGUCUUCAGUUAAACACAAGUACGUAUUGGUAGCAUUUUGAAAAAGAGCUAUUAACGGUUUUAACGGAGAAGAUUCUUUUAUGUUGCUGUUGCUGUAUUCUUAAUAUGACGUCAAAGUGCUUUCUUCCAACCGUUCAGUUCCUUCGAUUGCGUCGUUCGAUUUGCAUUCGCGUUUUCAUUCGUUAGUAUAACCUGAGAUUGGUCAAACUCCUGAAAAUGGGGUGUGGAACCUCUAAAUCAUCUGGUGUUAAGUCAGCAGUCAGCAAAAAGCCAGGCGGUAAUGGGAGGGGUGCUAAGGCAAGUCAAGUUGGCUACCCAGAUCUUAGAGGGAACUGUAGUUACAUGUCGAAAGUUUUGACGUUGGAGCUGUACAUGAAACUAUGCAACGUCAAAACAUCUAGUGGAUACACAAUCGACAAUGUCAUCCAGACUGGGGUUGACAGCCCUGGCCAUCCAUUUAUCAGGACCGUAGGAUGUGUUGCAGGAGAUGAGGAAUGCUACAAAGUAUUUGCAGAGUUGCUUGACCCCAUAAUCGAGCUCCGACAUGGAGGAUAUAAACCAACGGCAAAUCACAGAACAGAUCUGAACCCAGAGAAUCUUGUAGGGGGAGAUGAUCUAGACAAAAAUUACGUAAUGUCGAGUCGCAUAAGAACUGGUCGCAGUAUUAGGGGAUACUGUUUGCCUCCAUUUUGUACAAGAGCAGAAAGAAGAGCUGUUGAGAAAAUCAUAGUGGAAGCAGUGAAUUCUCUAGAGGGAGUGUUUAAAGGAAGCUAUUAUCCUCUUCCCACAAUGCCAUUCGAACAGCAAGAUCAGCUGAUCAAAGAACACUUUCUGUUUGACGAGCCUGUCUCUCCAUUGCUGACAUCUGCCAGAAUGACACGAGACUGGCCCGAUGCAAGGGGCAUAUGGAUGAAUAACGAUAGAAAUUUUCUGGUUUGGAUGAAUGAAGAAGACCAUAGCCGAAUUAUAUCCAUGGACAAAGGGGGCAACAUGAAAGACGUUUUUACUCGAUUUUGCAAGGGCCUAGAUCUUGUGGAGAAGGCAAUUAAAGCAAACGGAAACAGCUUCAUGUGGAAUGAACAUAUUGGGUAUAUUCUCACUUGCCCAUCAAAUCUUGGAACAGGUUUGCGAGCUAGUGUCCAUGUCAAGUUACGGUUGUUGAGCAAACGUGAUGAAUUCGAGCAAAUAUUGGAGAAGAUGAGACUGCAGAAACGAGGCCCUGGAGGUGUGGAUACAGAGUCUGAGAAUGGCGUUUAUGACGUAUCUAAUACCGACCGAUUAGGAUAUUCGGAGGUUGAGCUAGUUCAGAAUGUCGUCGAUGGAGUAAAAUGUCUGAUUGCCAUUGAGAAAGCGCUAGAAAGGAACGAAAGCAUUCAAGACUUGAUAAACAAUAUCAGAGCUUACAAGAAGCCAAUAAGAGAGACGGUAAACCUUGUGACAACACGCAGAGUUGAGCCAGGAGAAAAUUUUCCUGAUUUGUCGCAACACAAUAAUUUGGCUGCGGAGGUAUUGACGCAACAGCUGUAUGGAAAAUUAUGCAAUCAGCGAACUCCGGCAGGAUUCACACUAGAUGAUGUAAUACAAACCGGUGUUGACAACCCGGGUCACCCCUUCAUUAAAACGGUCGGAUGUGUUGCUGGGGACGAAGAAUCCUAUUCGGUUUUUGCCGAUUUUCUCAACCCGGUCAUCGAGUUGCGCCAUAGUGGAUUCAAAGUUGCAAGUGGGCAUGUGACAGAUCUUGACCCAAAGAAGCUUAAAGGGGGUGACGACUUGGAUUCUAAGUAUGUCUUGUCGUGCAGAGUUCGUACUGGAAGAUCCAUUCGCGGUUUCUGUCUACCCCCGUUUUGCACUAGAGCUGAAAGACGCAAAGUAGAGUGCAUAGUGACAAAAGCUGCUUCAAAAUUGCCGGGGAAUUUAAAAGGCAAAUACUACUCACUUACCAAAAUGAGCGCAUCAGACCAAGAGAAAUUGAUUAACGAUCAUUUCUUGUUUGACAAACCAGUCUCACCCCUACUGACAUCUGCUAGGAUGGCACGCGAUUGGCCAGAUGCAAGGGGCAUAUUUCAUAACAGCAAAAAGAAUUUCCUUAUUUGGGUAAAUGAAGAAGAUCACACGCGUGUCAUAUCAAUGCAAAAAGGUGGCAACAUGAAAGAAGUAUUCAAUAGGUUUUGCGGUGCGUUGCAGAAGUUUGAAGAAGUCAUGAAAGAAGAUGGCUUCGAAUUCAUGUGGAAUGAAACGCUUGGUUAUCUCUUGACUUGUCCGUCAAACCUUGGAACGGGGAUGAGAGCUGGGGUGCACGUGAAGUUGCCAUUGCUUUCUCAGAAGCCGCUCUUCGACGAGAUAUUGGGAAAGUACAAGCUGCAGAAGCGGGGAACUGGAGGUGUAGAUACCGCAUCAGUGGGGGGCGUAUUCGAUAUUUCGAACUCAGACAGGCUAGGUUAUUCAGAGGUUGAGUUGGUGCAACGAGUUGUUGAUGGUGUAAAAGAACUUGUUGAAACAGAGAAGUCACUCGAACAAGAAGAGAAAAGUAGGUUAAAGGCGGAGAAAAAGAAAAAUAAAUCGCAAGACGGCUCUUUGGUUGCUGGGGGAAAAGGAGAAAGUAGUGAGGAAAAUUUUCCUGACUUUGAAAAGCAUAAUAACUGGUCUAGCAAGUGCCUCACAACUGAUCUUUAUAGAAAAAUGAGCCAGCUUCGAACUCCAAAUGGUGUUUCUUUCGACAAAAUCAUCCAAACUGGGGUUGACAACCCUGGGCAUCCUUUCAUAAUGACGGUUGGAUGUGUAGCUGGCGACGAAGAGUCAUACGAUGUUUUCUCUGAGUUCUUUGACCUCAUUAUCGAUGGUCGACAUGGCGGAUAUCCAAAAGAGGCAAAGCAUGUGACUGACCUGGAUCAUAAUAAGUUGGUAGGUGGAGAUGACUUGGACCCAAGCUACGUGUUUUCGUGCCGUGUUCGAACAGGUCGCAGCAUAAGAGGGCUUUGUUUGCCUCCGCAUUGCACGAGAGCAGAGAGAAGAGAAACUGAAAAAAUAGUCACUAACGUGUUGAGCAAGUUUGAAGGAGAUUUUGAAGGUAAAUACUAUCCACUAAGUCAGAUGACAGAGGAAGAACAAGAACUAUUAAUAAAAGAUCACUUUUUAUUUGACAAGCCAGUCUCGCCGCUCUUAACCUGCGCAGGAAUGGCGCGCGAUUGGCCAGACGCUCGUGGUAUCUGGCAUAACAACGCAAAGAACUUCCUGUUAUGGGUCAAUGAAGAGGAUCACAUCAGAGUCAUUUCGAUGGAGAGGGGAGGAAACAUGAAAGCAGUCUUUAGUCGGUUCUGUGAUGGGCUGACAAGAUUUGAGUCAAAGAUGAAGGAGGCUGGGCACGAAUUCAUGUGGAAUGAUCACCUCGGAUUUAUAUUGACAUGUCCUUCAAAUCUCGGAACUGGCAUCAGGGCGGGGGUGCACGUAAAACUCCCCUGCCUGUCAAAAGAGAGGAGAUUCGAAGAAAUACUGACCAAACUACGUCUACAGAAGCGUGGUACUGGAGGAGUAGAUACCGCUGCAGAAGAUGGGAUAUUUGACAUUUCAAAUGCAGACAGAAUUGGAUACUCAGAAGUGGAGUUGGUGCAGCGGGUCGUAGAUGGAGUGAAGCUGCUUGUGAAAAUGGAGAAGGCGCUGGAAGCUGACGAGAAUAUCGACGAUCUAUUGCCAUGAACGAAUACUGAAUGUUAUGUAAUUAUAGGUAAAGGUUUAGUGCCUUAUGGAAAUACUUCUGGAUACCUGGACAAAUAAUUGUGUACAUAUAACAUCAUUGGAUUUCAGAAUAUACUACAUUAGAUAAACAUGUAAAUUAUGAUCAUUCUAAAAAAUUUCUAUGACGUCAGCAAGCAACAGUUUCU